UGGCCUCUUCAAUAUUUAUGAAUAAAAAAAAAAUGCAUUUGCAGAUCUACGUCCAUUCUCACCCGAGCAUGGAUACAUAUAUAAUUUUUUCUCAAUUAAUGUAAUUGAUUUUUUUCUUCAAUAAUGUAAUUAAUAAAAUAUUUCAGCAAUUAUCGACAUAUCUACGAAUGAAAUUGUACAAUUGUUAGGGAAUAUUUUAUGUUACGAAUUCCUUUCCGCAGAUGUCCCACGUAUAUGUACAGAUGCAAUUACGGUGCCUGCGUGAGUCGCGCGGCGCGAUGCAACGGUCUGGCGGAUUGUGUGGAUGCCAGCGACGAGAUCGCAUGCGACCGAGAUGCUAACGAUGUUUGUUCCGAUAGAGAUUUUCAGUGUUCUACUGUUCAUCGAGAGUGCAUACCUCUCGCUGAGGUUUGCAACGGCUAUAAAGAUUGUUCGGACGGCAGUGAUGAAAAUGCAACGAUCUGCCGCGAAUAUGCAUGCCCCGAGCACACGUUUCGCUGUUCGUACGGAGGUUGCAUUCAUCAGGAAGUGAUUUGCGACGGUGUGAAGGAUUGUCUCGACGGCACCGACGAAGACUCGAGCACGUGCGCGAUUGUCGAUUGCGAGAAUCAGGAGUGUUCGCAUUACGAAUGCCGAGAUCAAGAAUUCGCAUGCGAGAAUAAACGGCAAUGUUUACCGAUAGCUAAAGUGUGCGAUGGUACUCGGCACUGUGCAGAUGCAUCUGACGAAACUGCAGAACUGUGCGAAGCACGUGAAUGUCGUGAAAAUUGGUUUCGCUGCGCUUACGGCGGGUGCAUUCGACCGGAGCUGAAGUGCAAUUCUCGGCUUAAUUGUCACGAUUGGAGCGACGAGGACGAAUCGCUAUGCGGGAUAACGCUACCCGAAGGCGCCUGCCGAUUGCCCGCCGCAAAAGCGGGAAUUCAUUAUAGCGUGAGCGGAUGCUCCAGAUGUCGGCCGGGCGAAGUUGUUCCUGAGCUCACGCGUCUCGACUACGUCUGCGACGUCGACGGCUCCUUGCAAGGUGCCAGCGAAAUUUAUUGUCAGAAUAACCGCUGGUUUCCCGCUAUUCCGAGCUGUACAUUCAGAAAUGAGACGGAAGGGAUAACUUGCCCUGCACCGUCCGAGGCGCACGAUGCGAUUAGAAGAUGCGAGGCGAUGUGGGGCCCUCACAGGGGGUGGUUACCUUGUAACCGGUCUCUCCCGGUCGGCACGCGAGUUUUCCUCGAAUGUCCAGCAUUAUACGAGCGUCGUAAAGGAUCUUCCAGUGUCAUGUGUCUACACGACGGCACGUGGAGCCAAUCGCUUCUGAGUUGUACACCCAUCUGCGGGAUGAGGGACUCCACAGCGGCGGCAUUGAUUGUAAAAGGGUGGCGCGUCGAGAGUGCAGAGACACUGCCUUGGCAAGCCACCCUCUUUUCGCACGAGGAUGGCGAAUGGAGAUUCUUCUGUGGCGGCACAUUAGUAUCUGAACGGGCUGUGUUAACUGCCGGCCACUGCGUCUGGAAGACCGAGGCGAACACGAUGCGCGUCGCUUUCGGAAUUCUCUCGAGUAACUUGAGUCAGGCGGGGGAAAACGCUCAGGUGAUCGACGUGGAAAGUAUUGAGUUGCAGAACGCUUAUCAAGAUCAUGAGAGUAAUUACGGCUCGGACAUCGCGUUACUAAUUCUGAAGAGAGCUGUGACUAUUAACUCGGUUGUCGCGCCCGUUUGCCUUCCUUGGCAUUCCGCUGCAACGUUAUUCGAAUAUCAGCGAAACGGUGGACUUGGAUUAGUUGCCGGUAUGGGACUGACGGAGAACGACACGUUUAGUUUGGUCUUAAGGAUAACUACGUUGAAAAUCAUUUCCGACGACGAGUGUCGUCAGACCCAAAACCGAGAUUUUCGAAAAUAUGUAACUUACACCUCCUUUUGCGCCGGAUGGGCGAAUGGUACCGGAGUAUGCAAUGGAGACAGUGGCGGAGGUUUGGUGCUUCAGCGGCCGAACUCCAGUGUCUGGGAGAUCCAUGGAAUCGUCUCCGUGAGCCCACGAAAAUUAGGUACCAGCAUAUGUGACUCGAACUUCUAUGCUGUUUUCACAAAGGUUUCGAUGUACAUCAAUUGGAUUAAUGAAGUGAUCGAGAGCAUACCCGCAAUCGGUUCACCUGAUUUUGAUCGGCAACCAAACAAAGAUAACAUUAUUGUUUAAAUAACUAGAAACCGGAUUAAUUUUACUUGUAAUAUAUAUUUUAAUGAAAUUAAAGCAUAAAUGUGUAUGUGUUUUGAUUAGGUGCAAUCGGGGCAGGAUUUUUAUUUUACAUGACAAUUUGCAUGGGAUAUAAUAUUAUGUGUAUAAAUGAUCGAUUCAACCAUAUCGAUAAGUUAAAUGCUAUUUUUAUUAAAAUCUCCAGUUUUAUUCCCUUUCCUGAAAAACAAAAGAAUAUUUUUCUUUGAGCAGAAA